ACAUUCGUGUCACAAAAUGCAACCUCGACAACGAUGCGAAACUGUUUACGGUUGCACAGAGUCUACAGUGUUGUGGCUUCUGAAUGGAUGUGUUUUAUCUAGCGAAUCUAUUGGAAAAGUUAUUGUUGAGGUCCGAGCAUAACUGAAAAGUCCUUAUCGGGGUGUGAGAGCAACUCGAUGAACAAAUAAUUCCGACUAAAUGGACACGGGAAAGUGCUGAACAUGACUCCAUUGGCGCCGCUGUUCUUCCGAUACGAACGUUACUGAGUAACUAACGUUAGUUCGAGGUUACCAGACUUCAUUCGUCCAGACUUUUUUUUUUUAGACAAAGCCAACUACGGCUACAAGACACUGAAUACAGUAUUUAUUUUCUUGUGAAAAUAGUAUGAAUUUCAUCAUGAGAGUUCGCUUUAAAUUGUAAAUGUUCAUAUUAUCUAGCUAGCUAACUGUGCGUUUUAACACGUUAGCCAAGAAGCUAGCUAGCGGUAGCAUUUUUUGGUCUGUCAUUUACAGUACAUGGCAUAACGUUACUUGUUUUCUCUGAAAUAACUAGUUAGCUAUAAAAAUGACAACACAAGCAACAGGUAUAUUGCAGAAAUUACAAGUUAACAAAUACACCCAGCAAUUUAGUUAGGCAAUGUUUCUGUUGUCAGACAAUUAGUUAACGUUAGCCUAGCAACUUUGGCUUGUUAACGCGUAACGUUCGUUUUGUAAACAGCUCGCUGGACUCUCAACAAGCGGACCGAAUUAUGCGGGCUUUACAUGGAAUCUGAUUAACAAGCUACACUAGUGGAUCCAAAACGGAUAAUAAGUGUUCUUUAAAGCUUGCGGUUCACUCCAUUAUUUCAAGUUGGAGAAUAUUUUGAUGCGGCUGGGCUGGGAGACAUAGCCUACGUGUGGUAACCUCUGAAUCUGUAUUUGGUGCACUUGUAAAACAUAUUUUGACGUUAUAGUUUAUGCACCACAAUGUCGGCUAUAUCUGCGACUGAGAAAGUGGACGGGUUCACACGAAAAUCAAUGAGGAAAGCCCAGAAACAGAAGAAAUCUCAAGGGUCGUCCCAGUUCCGAACUCAAACUCUUACCGAGCUUUCACCCUUGCCGCAGCUAAAAGAUGCGCCCUCCACGGAGCAGCAGGAGCUGUUCACCCAGAAGCUCCAGCAGUGCUGCAUGUUGUUUGACUUCAUGGACUCGGUCACCGACCUGAAGAGCAAGGAGAUUAAGCGGGCCACGCUCAACGAGCUGGUGGACUAUGUCUCCACCAACAGGGGUGUCCUGGUAGAGACAGCCUAUCCAGAGAUCUCUAAUAUGAUCUGCACCAACAUUUUGCGGACUCUUCCGCCUAGUGACAACCCCGAUUUUGACCCAGAGGAGGAUGAGCCCACUCUAGAAGCCUCAUGGCCACACAUACAGCUUGUCUAUGAGUUCCUUCUACGAUUCUUGGAGAACCCAGACUUUCAGCCCAGCAUCGCCAAGCGCUACAUUGAUCAGAAGUUCGUGCUGCAGCUCCUGGAACUGUUUGACAGUGAGGACCCCCGGGAGAGGGACUUCCUGAAGACUGUCCUGCAUCGGAUCUACGGGAAGUUCCUGGGGUUGCGGGCUUUCAUCAGGAAGCAGAUCAACAACAUCUUCUUGCGGUUCAUCUACGAGACCGAUCACUUCAAUGGAGUGGCCGAGCUCCUGGAGAUACUGGGGAGCAUCAUCAAUGGCUUUGCACUGCCGUUGAAGGCGGAACACAAGCAGUUCCUGAUGAAGGUGCUCAUCCCCAUGCACACCGGCAAAGGACUGGCCCUGUUCCACGCACAGCUGGCCUACUGUGUUGUCCAGUUCCUGGAGAAGGACCCCACCCUCACUGAGCCGGUGAUUCGGGGGCUGUUGAAGUUUUGGCCCAAAACCUGUAGCCAGAAGGAGGUGAUGUACCUAGGGGAAAUCGAGGAGAUCCUGGAUGUCAUUGAGCCCACCCAGUUCAAGAAGAUCCAAGAGCCCCUGUUCAAGCAGAUCUCCAGAUGUGUGGCCAACCCCCACUUCCAGGUAGCAGAGCGAGCCCUCUACUUCUGGAACAACGAGUAUAUCCUGAGCCUCAUUGAGGAGAACAUCGACAAGAUUCUUCCUAUCAUGUUUGGUAGCCUGUACAGAAUCUCCAAAGAACACUGGAACCCGACAAUUGUAGCUCUGGUCUACAAUGUGCUGAAGACCCUGAUGGAGAUGAACAGCACGCUCUUUGAUGAGCUGACAGCCUCCUACAAAUCAGACAGACAGCGGGAGAAGAAGAAGGAGCAGGAGAGGGAGGAGCUGUGGAAAAAGCUAGAUGAGUUGAAGCUGAGCGAUGCGGCAGCACUGGUGCAGAACAACAGCCACGGGCUGCAGAACGCUGCCCAAAACAUCAACAACAACAACAAUCACCACGACAACCAGGAGAAGAGCACCGCUAUCUCUGUGGACCAUGAAGACCCCGUUGUCGCCAUGGAUACCACGGAGGGUGUUGAGGUUGUCACAAGUGCCAAAUGACACAGGACUCCAUUUUGUACUCCGUAACGGUUUCGAUGCCGUCUCAGAACUGUCAGGGAGGGGUGACGGGGAGGAGGGGCUUGGGGGUGACUGGGAGGAGAUGUCUGAGAAAAUAGCAACAAAAAAAAGAUAAACCUCAGCAGUAUGUUCAAUCUAUAUACAGUAAAACUAUUUCAAAUGCCAGCAAUUGUCCUUUGGCAGAAAACGUAUAUUUCAAUUUAAGAAUAUUUUGGGAUGUUACAGUGUGGCCACAGUAUAUUGGUAAACUUUUUUGUCUGAUCAAAGAAUUUAUCCUUUCACAUUUACUUUCUUAACUGAGAAAAUAUGUUUGUGAUAUUCAAUGUAUAAACAAUAUGAGGGGGGGGGGAAUAAUGACUUGAAAAAAAAACAUUUCUGAUUGUGCUGCACUUAGAGAAGCUAAAUGGCUAUUUUAAGAUUUGUCUUUUGUAUGUGCUUUCAUCACUGCUCCCAAUACGGUUGCAAACUUAAGGGAAGAGGGGUUCAGGGGGCGAGCUUUAGGGGGUGGGUGGGAGACCAUGGAGACAGGAGUGUGUUCAUAAUCCCUACGUAGGAGACCUGAGUGAAUGUCACUAUCAUGAGGUCUCAUGUUUUUGGGUGUUUAAUAUUCUUAUCUGAAUACAUGAUGCUUAACGUUAUAGCGGUCAUUAUAACACAUUCAAAACCUGCAGCCAUAAAACCUAUUUCCAGUAAGUAUUUGAAAUGAGCUUAGUUUAGAGAAACAAAUGAUGAAAUGGUCACAGAUUUAAGUACGUAUAACAUAUUUUUCCAGUCUAAAUAGAGAAUCGAUUAAUAAUUAAAAAAGCUGAUGUAGAAAAAAGAAAUGAGCCAUAUAUUUUUUUUCCAGAGUAUUGUUAAGGACAGAGAUGUUGAUUUUUGAAACCAGGUGGUGGCAAAUUGUCUGGUUUCUGCAGAUUAAACAUGGCUGGAUGCAGUGUGUGCGUGUAUGGGGGAGUUUGCUUUAACGUGAGUGUCUGUUCUCUAUUGUAGGUCCAGUCUUUUCUGAUGCCUUUCUGUCAGAGUGUAUGUACCAUUCCAAUCUCUGUGAUAUACAACUGUGUGGGGAACCUGUUUUGUAAUGACAGACCUUAUCUAGGUUUUGAACACCAUCAAAAUAAAGUCUACCUUAUGUUUCUACUCAAAAAAA